CUAUUUAUUAAUCAACAUCACCUCCGUCUUUUCUCUGAAACUUUCACUUGCCUUCUUCGUCUUCUUCUUCUUCUUUGGCUGCUGCUCCUUGCUCCUGCUCUACUGCUCUACUGCUACUCUUUUUUUCCACAGAUAGAAAAUCAAGAAAUCUGCCAUAAAAAGAAAGACAGAAAGUUAAUUGAUUUUUAUUCAACUGAUUAUUAAAUUAAAAUGGAAGAUGAUACAUGGAGCUUUGGUCUCUCCACUUCUUCUUCAAGAAGCUAUCAAUCUGCUCUCAAGUCUCUUUCUGAUCUUUGUAUUGAUUUUGAAGAUAUAGAAGAAGAAGAUGAUGAUUUAAGGACGGAGUAUCCGUGUCCUUAUUGUACAGAUGAUUUUGAUUUAGUUGAAUUGUGCUUCCAUAUCGAUGAAGAACAUUAUUUAGAAGCCAAGUCAGGGGUAUGCCCUGUUUGUUUCACCAAGGUGGGAAUGGAUAUGGUUGAUCACAUAACAACAGAACAUCGAACCAUUCACAAGAGUUUGCAAAAAUUGAAACUUGGGAGAGUAGAAUCACACUCAAAUUAUUCUUUUCUGAAGAAGGACUUAGAGGAUGGGUAUUUGCAAUCAUUACUUAGCGGAUCAUCCUCGGUGGUUUCUUCCUCCAACUUGGCACCUGAUCCAUUAUUGUCAUUUAUUUGCAAUGUAUCCCCUGCUGAGAAGUAUGAUAGUGUACAGCCUAGUUGUUCAAGUAAAGCAACCAUAGAAGAGAAAAGUUCAGAUGAGAAACUGUUGGAAAGGAAUGAUCACAUAUCACCUUUGUCGGAUGAGGAGCACAUGGAGAAGGCAAAGAGAAGUGAGUUCGUACAGGGACUGUUAUUGUCCACCAUAUUCGAUGAUGGCCUAUGAUGAAACAUGGUAUAAGCGUUGUUGAUGUCAACUUGAGAUUAUAACAAAACAAGUCUAUUUUCAAUGCUGUCUAUGUUGAAUAUACCUUGACCAAGAGAGCUAGAUUAGAUGCAGCACUGAAUUGUAUCCCACAAUUGUAUGGAAUCCGUAAGGCCAGAUCGGAGCCAGAAUUUUAUGUACUUUAAUUUUCAAAGCUCCUUGUGCUUAAUUGAAAUUUAGGUUAUUCUUCUA